CCUCAGGCGCAGGUCGGUGCACAGCUUGGGCAGCAGGAGGGCGACAGCUUCUCUCUGGUAGCACCACAAGGCGAGCGUGCUGAGGCCAUGUCCGCCACCACGUGCCAAGUGGUGGGGUUCCUCCUGUCCCUCCUGGGUCUGGCGGGCUGCAUCGCUGCCACGGAGAUGGACAUGUGGAGCACCCAGGACCUGUAUGACAACCCAGUCACUGCCGUGUUCCAGUAUGAAGGACUCUGGAGGAGCUGCGUGAGGCAGAGCUCUGGGUUCACCGAGUGUCGGCCCUACUUCACCAUCCUGGGCCUUCCAGCCAUGCUGCAAGCAGUGCGAGCCCUAAUGAUUGUGGGCAUAGUACUGGGUGUCAUCGGCCUCCUGGUGUCCAUCUUUGCCCUGAAGUGCAUCCGCAUUGGCAACAUGGAGGACUCUGCCAAGGCCAAAAUGACACUGACCUCCGGAAUUGUGUUCAUUAUCUCAGGUGUGUGUGCAAUUAUUGGAGUGUCCGUGUUUGCCAACAUGCUGGUUACUAACUUCUGGAUGUCCUCGGCUAGCAUGUACGGCACCAUGGGUGGGAUGGUACAGACUGUUCAGACCAGGUACACCUUUGGUGCAGCUCUGUUCGUGGGCUGGGUCGCUGGAGGCCUCACGCUAAUUGGGGGUGUGAUGAUGUGUAUCGCCUGCCGCGGCCUGACACCGGAUGAUACCAACUACAGAGCUGUGUCUUAUCAUGCCUCGGGUCACAAUAUUGGCUACAAUUCUGGAGGCUUCAAGGCCAGCACUGGCUUUGGGUCCAACAUGAAAAACAAGAAGAUAUAUGAUGGGGGUGCCCGCACAGAGGAUGAGGGACAAUCUCAUCCUUCCAAGUAUGACUAUGUGUAAUGCUCCAAGAUCCUUUGGAACGGACAGAAGAAACCCUCCCCCAAAACCCACUGCAAAACAAGAAGAUUCCACCUUGAUUCCUUAUUGUUUUUGACUCAGAGUUGAAAGUUAGAAAAUCUUGAUUUCAUCUGUCCUGAAGCCAGAUGAUCUUUGACUACAUAUCUCUGUCUCUAAAUAUUCCGACACAAAAAUGUUGAGUUAUCAUUUGUAAAGUAUUUGUAAAGUUAUCAUUUGUAAAGGCUACACAGCUUAAACUUUCUACACUUCUUUCAAUACAACUUUUUAAAUCUGAGGAUAGAAUGUGGUUUGACUCCCUGACACUGAUAAUUUAAAUAGACUCUUCUUGCUCCUUCUGUUUAAUAAACCCAUUGACCAUUUAUUUGCCAGCUUAUCCCCAAGAAAAAUUUUUAAAGGAAAACAAGGAAGUAGAUCCAAAGACAUUAUUUUCUGCUAUUUGAUUUUUGCCUCUCCCAUUCCCAACUGGCUACUAAUAAACAUUAAUUGGAGAAGAAAUGAUAGGGAAACACAUGUGUGAUCUCUCCAGCCCACUCUGAGUUUUCUUACACUGUAACUUUAAAAAUUACUAGACCAAAGUGAUUUCUACUUGAGGCAACCAAAACUUUCUGCUUCUGUUGGCAUUUGCUAAUUCCAGCAAGGUUAUCCAAUGGGGUUUCUUCUUCCUAUUGCAAGUCAUAAAUUGUGUCUAAGGGGCUGAGAAAAGACUGUUUUAUAAUCUAAGUCCUAAAUAUAAUCAGAAAUUUAUUAGCAAAAUUAUAGCCUUCCCUCUCUUCUCUCUCCUCCCUCUCUUCUCUUUCUGCCCCCUGGUGUAUAGUGAAUUGGCUUCACCCUUGCACAUAGGAAGAAAAUUGAAAAAGUACUUGUCUUUAUUGUAUUACUUUGUAUAGUCACAUAUAAGUCCAAAUUCCAUAAAAAGCUCUCUGAUCCUAAUUCUUCCCUUUUGAAGCCUCCAAGACCAAUUAUACAUAAUAAAUGCAAACCAUGUAAAUGACAAAUAAUGGAACACAGAAAUGCCUAGGAAGUGGCUAAAAGCAAGUUCUUUAAAAAAAAUGGUAAGGCCAAAUUUAAUAUUUUUUAUCCACACUAGCAGUUGAUAGUAGCACUUACUGAGAGCUGUUCCCUUCACUAAAUUCACCUGGAGUGGUUGAAAUAUUUGAGUUGCAGGCAGAACUGCAAGUUCUUUGCAGCCACACCCCUGCCCAGUGCUUGUAUCACUCUGCCCUUUUGAACAGAAAACCUUAACUCCUUCCAGGGCACUAGAACCUCAUCCUAGCACCAAAGCCAGAAUAGACUCCCUGGGAAAUGGAAGUAAAGGCAAUCUGAAAGCCACCAAUCCAGGGAGCAGCAGUGUCACUGGAAGAAUCUGAUUUGGGGAUUAUUAUUUGGAGGAAAAGAAAAUCCUUACAUCAAUAGUGCAUAAGAAAGUGGCCCCCGGGACUUGGUAAAUACUGAGGGGUUUUCAGGUUAAAUGGACCAUGCUGAAUAAAGACCAGAUCACGGCCCAUUAAAAAGGAAGGAGAGUUCUCACCAAGAGCCAGAGCAGUGAACUCAGAGAGCUUCCCAGCAAGAGUUUUAGGCCAAAUUGGAGAGGACACUCCUGGAACUCACUGCUUACAGCAGAGUAAAGAAUGAACAGAUAAACCAGUUUAGUUGGUAGGGGCAGGGAGAGGAAAUGAGAGAUCUAAGGCAUGGAGACCUCUAAGGUUCUCAAGAACUGAGUUGAAGGCACAAUUUCUGAUUUGCAAUAUCAAAUUGCAAUAGGAAGAAGAAACCCCAUUGGAUAAUCUUGCUGGAAUUAGCAGGUCCAUCCCUACAAGAUGAAGGCCAUGGGUACAGUGAGCUUUCCCCCAUCACCAGAAAACCCCUAAUCAGGUCUGAGGCUUAAGGCUCAGUUGAGUUUUCCCUUGGCAUAUUCUCUAUCAUUUAACUGUUUGAAAGCCUCCAUUAGUUAGAUUGUGCUAUAUAAUUUUUUGUUGCUCUGUCUUAUUGUAUAUGCAUUGAGUAUUCACCUGCACGUUUUGUUACUUAAAUAUUAAUAAACACUGUUAUGUUCCAUUUGAA